UUUUCUGUCUCUGAUGUUAUACCAUGAACGAAUGGCUACCAUUUACUCUCUCUUGGGGACAUCUACGACUAUUCCGCGAUGCUUUCAGGGUGCUACAUUUUUCCAAGAUUCCUUCCUCCAAUAACUGAGCCAGCUACAGCCAGGUUAACAAUCUCCACUGGAGAAAAAUCCUACAACCAAAUCCCACUCGCUGGUAUGGCGCCCUCUUCUCUGUUCCACCAUUUCCUACCACCUCUCCUCCUGCUUCAAGCUUUAAUCAGCCCUUCAGAUGCUCAGGCUUACCACAACAUAAGCUUGGGCUCCUCCCUGACUCCCCUAGGCGAAAACAGCUCGUGGCUCUCGCCUUCCGGCGAGUUCGCCUUUGGAUUUUAUCCCCUCGAAACCGAUAGCAGCCUCUUCCUGCUUGCCAUCUGGUUCGUGAAGACAGCAAACAAAACCGUAGUUUGGUACGCGAACGGAGACAAACUGGUGCAAGACGGAGCCGUAGUGCAGCUGACCACCGACGGGGAUCUCUCGCUCAAAGACCACAACGGCCAGGACGUGUGGGACGCUGACAUCAGCAAUGCCUCCUACGCUGCCAUGCUCGAUACUGGAAACUUCGUGCUUGCAAGCGCUGAUGCAUCCGUUAGUUGGCAGAGCUUUGACAGUCCCUCGGAUACCAUCUUGCCCUCCCAAGUAUUGAAUCUGGGCACCGAUCUGCGAGCCCGCAUGAUGGACACGGAUUACUCCAGUGGAAGGUUCAAGCUCAGCGUCCAAGCUGACGGUAAUCUAGUGUUUUAUCCCGUGGCCGUCCCGUCUGGAUUUCAAUACGAUCCUUACUGGGCCAGCAACAGUGUUGGAAACGGCACACGGCUCGUCUUCGACGAGCUGGGUACCAUUUACUUGGACCUAAAUAACGGGACUCGAUUCAAUUUUACAUCUGCGCCAAUAGCUUCAAUGGGUGAUUUCUAUCACAGGGCAACCCUCGACUCUGAUGGGGUCUUCAGGCAGUACGUCUAUCCAAAGAAUGGGAUGCGGGAUGGAAGCUGGAACGAAGGCUGGAAUCUGGUGGAUUUCCAGCCUCCAGAUAUCUGCCAAGCGAUAAGGACGGCGAGCGGGAGUGGGGUUUGCGGCUUCAAUAGCUACUGCACAUUUGGCAACCAAAGCGUCGACUGCGAGUGUCCACCCGGGUAUUCCUUUUUGGAUCCAAAUAGGAAGUACAAAGGGUGUCAAGCAAAUUUUCCAGCACAAAGAUGUGACGCAGAUGAGAAGGAGAUAGAGUCACUGUAUGAUUUCUCAGUGAAGAUCGACGUCGACUGGCCUUUAUCUGAUUACGAGCACUUCAACCCCGUAGAUGAGGACCAAUGUAGAAAAGAAUGCUUAAGCGACUGCUUCUGUGCAGUUGCUAUCUAUAAUAAUGGGGAUUGUUGGAAGAAGAAGCUCCCGCUUUCCAACGGGAAGAUGGGCGCUUACGUUGAGAGAAGGGCUCUCAUCAAAGUAGCCAAAGGUAAUAACUCCCAGCCUCCAUCUCCGUCUCCAGUCAUAGUGAAGAAAGACAGAGGGGCUUGGAUUUUGGUUGGAUCGCUGCUUCUAGGAAGCUCUGCUGUUGUGAAUUUUGUCCUCAUCACUGCAAUACUUUUCGUGAGCUUUUGUUCUCACAACAAAGUGAAGCGGAAGCUUCAGCCUGGCUCGAACAUGGCAGCGCUGAGCCUUCGCUUAUUUACAUACAGUGAGCUUGAAGAAGCCACAAAUGGAUUCAGCGAAGAACUGGGUAGCGGUGCUUUCAGCAGAGUCUACAAGGGUUACUUCGAUGAUGGACCCACAACCUGUGUUGCGGUUAAGAAACUUGAUAACCUUUUGCCAGACAUGGACAAGGAAUUUAUGAACGAAGUCGGAAGCAUCGGCCGGACCUACCACAAGAACCUAGUCCGACUGCAUGGAUUCUGCAACGAGGGGAAUGAACGGCUUCUGGUAUAUGAAUUCAUGAAAAAUGGCUCACUGAGGGAAUUCCUCUUUGGAAGCGUCAGGCCAAACUGGAACCUGCGAGUCCAGAUAGCUCUGGGGAUUGCAAGAGGCCUCCUGUACUUGCACGAAGAGUGCAGCAACCAAAUCAUCCAUUGUGACAUAAAGCCUCAGAACAUACUCUUGGACGACAAUUUAGUUGCAAGGAUAUCUGAUUUUGGACUGGCAAAGCUCCUGAGGACAGACCAGACUCGAACAAACACCGCCAUCAGAGGGACCAGAGGGUAUGUUGCGCCAGAGUGGUUCAAGAACAUAGGGAUCACAGCAAAGGUGGAUGUGUACAGUUUUGGAGUUAUGUUGCUGGAGAUCGUGUGCUGCAGGAAGUGCGUGGAACAAGAGGUGGGGAACGAGGAGCGACUGAUACUCACAUACUGGGUUAGCGAUUGCUACAGAGAUGGGAUGUUGGAAUUAGUGGUGGAAGGUGAUGAAGAGGCAGCCUUUGACAUGAAGAGGGUGGAGAGAUUUGUGAAGGUGGCCCUUUGGUGUAUCCAGGAGGAGCCAUCAAUGAGACCUACAAUGCAAAAGGUGACUCAGAUGCUGGACGGAGCAACCUCAAUCCCAGAGCCCCCUGAUCCUUCCUCCUACAUGAGUUCAAUCCAGUGAAAUCAUGUGCUUUUCUUGAGAAUCUGAAAUCAUGUACUUGCUACUACGAUAUGUCUCAUGUUUGUUGUUAACCUAUGUCCUGCUUCUGCAAAAAAUAAUGGCAUUCUCUAGCCAACCUUGAUCUUUGUGUAAAUCUAUUUUGUCAAUCCAUGGGUUAGCAAGUGUAUCGAUUUUAAAACUCCUAGAGAGUGUUUCUUUUUGCUCUCACUCUUCAUGUAGUUAGCUUGUGCAUCAAAUAACAGGGAUUUUGAUAGUA